GUCACUCUAUUUUCCUUUAUGUCAGCAGCACACUGGCCACCCACCACUAGGCCACCACUUGGCAGCCACGCCCUUUCUUUGACCCCUGAGAACGGCGGUGGGGUUUGAUUGUUUCUUCAUCGACCUGUCAGUUCGCUUUUUACUUUUCACCUUCUCCACUUCCAUUCCUAUCUUAUCCAAUUAUUCAUUCAUCCUCUCCACCCUGUUCGUCUUGUAGUCGUCUUUCAUGAUCUAGCACUGUCUUCACACACCCAUCGACACCUUUUCUUCCACUUUUUAGAUGUCCAUAGAGCACUUCACAACACCCUCAUUAUCCUAAUACCCUGUACAUAUCCUGCAACGCAGCAUUCAACCCUCUUUCUUUCUAAUAUACACUUCGCUAUCCUCUAAUGCUCCUUCGGCCCAAGUCGCGACUAUUUCUGUCCAACAGCUUUAUCUCUCUCUUCCUUGCCUUCGCCGUUUCAGGACUACUACUACUACCAUCGCUCACUUAUGCAGGAACAACAAGCGCACGCCUUCAAUGCCAAUACUCAUUCCUCGCUAUCACAAACCUCCUCCAGGACCCCUCCUGCACUCUCAAAUCCAUCACACCUUCCCCCUCGACCCCUGCACCUCCCUCCAUCCCUUCCUCACCACCACUCUCACCAGGACCCUUGACCUCCCCACCCUCAGCUUCCUAUCCAUGGUCAACCACUCCUGGUUGGACGUAUAACCCCAUAUUUUCCUGCUGUGCCUUCACACCUACCUCCAGCUCGACCCCUGACAAUGAGACCAACAGCACACCACCUACUUUGAUCACCUCCAUAGAUCUCUCAGAGUACGCGGCCUUGAUCGAUGAGGGACAGCAACAGCUGGAACUCUCGAUCAGUUAUUAUACCUCAGAUGCUCCUGCUUCCGCGCAGGAUUCUACUGUUUCGGCCGUGGAUACGUUCCAGGUGAUCGUGCGGUUCCUGGAUGUUAAUGGAGCGUACUUGGCUGCGGAUCCGGAGACGGGCGAUACCUCGGAAGUGUUGCAUCCGGGGGAUGCGGAGACGUUGUUAUAUUAUGCGUUUGAUGCUGUGACAUUACAACCUGCUAGAGUGCCCCUGGGCGCUAGGGGUGUGGUUGUACAGAUCCUUGUGCCGAUGACGAAGACGUCUUUUUGCUUUGAUUACUUUGCGCUGAGACUUUUGCAAGGAUCGUUUCAUCCAACGUUGGAGAGUUUGUUGCAAAAGUUCUUGAUCGCUCUUGGAGCGCUCGUCAUGUUCAAUGCCAUUGUGAUUCCGAUAGUUUUGUUCUAUGGCCUGCCCGGAUGGCUCUGGCGAUCUGCCCCGGUCAACUUUUUUCAAAAGAACCCAGUCGUGGACCACUAUGUCCCCCUAGCGCUCUUUAUCUCUACCUGUCAAUGGAUCUACAACAUCCUUCUCCAAUAUCUCGGCGGCUCGUCUCCAAAGACUUCCAUUAUCCACUCCCGGCAGGCGCUCUGGUUGAUCCCCCUAGUCUUGAUCGGGACUUUCUUUAUUGCAGCCUUUGCACAUUGGGCGCUCUUUCUGUGCUAUAACCAAGUGAUGCAGCAGCCUCGACAGCGACACAGUGCUCGAUCUCAGAAAUGGAGGGCUCCGCUUCUGGGACUGUGGGCGGCCUUGUGUCUUUUGGGAGCCAGAAUCGGAAUUGUGGCGCUCAUGGCCGUCCAGGGAGGGUAUUGGUCAAUCGUGGUCGGGAUCUUGUUGGCAAUGCCAGAGACGGUGGCGAUGAUCUCCGUGGCUGUGUUCUUUAUUAAGACCCUGUGGAAACUCUUUCGGGGACGACGGGCCAGUAGAGGAGUUGGAGCCAAGGGUAUCACGGGAGGUGCAGGAAGUAGCGGCAAUAAGAGUAGCAGCGACGGUAGUCGUCCUGACUUGUCGAGGUCUUCUUCGAUGACGCCGCUGUGGGAUGCCAACACUGUUGAGGCGGUGCUUCCGGAUGAUCCGCAGGACGAUUUGGUCAACUUGUCGAGCUAUCAUCAUCGAGCGUACGUCAAGUCGCUUCUGGUUCAGGAGCAGGAUCUAAGAGAUGCGGCUGGAAGUAUGUAUGGGCAAUCGACUAUUGGAUCGAACAAAACCUCUAUGGCACCUUAUCGACAGGCGGGAGUGUCGUCCAAAGGCAGAGACGAUAAUAACAGUCGGUACCUUGGUUCAACCCUCAAUACCACUAUAUCCUCCACCAGCACCGACUUCUCGAGAUAUCCGACAGAGUUUGAUUUCAAUAUUCCACUGGAUAACCAUCUUCGACCUCCACCGAUUUCACCUUCUGCAGGAUUCGAGCGAGGCAGGAGACAGUUUCCAUUUGAUCAGGGUAGUGGACUACAGCCGGCUUAUGGAGGUGUUCGUCGUGGAGUUAUUCGGUCGGAGAAAUCGACAGCUACGCCGUCAUCUUCGUCUUCUCAGGGCAGUCGGGCUAGGCCUCCGAUGUAUACUCGACCGAGUAGUAGUCGCGAAGGAUUGAGUGCUCACAAACUAACAUGGAACUCUGCGACAACAUCGUAUACGACCGCGUCGGCAGCUCAGCCCAUGACAGGAGCUGCACCUACGCCCUCGGCUUGGGAGUAUGUCAUUUAUCCGAGGCUACAUGUCUGGCCUACGAUCGUGGGGACCUAUUUGCUCAUUGCUCGCUUGCCGCUCAGGAUUCUAGUUGCUGUCAUGACGACUUUGGUGUUGUGUUACGAUGUGCUGUUGAGUAUUGGGGCCGCGGAGACAAUGCUGGCAGUGCCGGUAUCAUGUCUGCUUGGAGGGUUUGCGUAUCCAGGGGCGAAUCAGUUUGAUAACACGAUGAACGUGGCGAGGGCGAUGCAUACGGUGAACCUAGUGUUGGUGGUAGUGCUGUUACCGGCAGUAGUGGGCAUUACAUUGCUGCAUCAGAUAAGGAUGGUGCAGAAGUAUAAUUGGUGUCUGCGGUUACUCAGGAUCGGGAACUAUGGCUUCGUACCCGGUGGUCGUGAGUACAAACAGCAUCUGAAGCAUCCGGUCCGGUUCAUCGGCUAUACGGUCGGUUUUGGCGUUGUCGGACUCUGCUUCACCGUAUUUCUCCUCUUCACGCUCUGCACGGUCAUGGCCAUGCUCCUCGUCGCCGCGACCUUCCGGUCCUCACUCUUCCGAACCCUCGGCACUCGCGCCCUUGCCGCCUUCGGAAUCUCCUGUCUCUUAGUCCUGAUUCUCUGGCUCGUUCAGAUGCUGGUCAUCCGGUACCGGUUUCGGAUGCCCGGCUCGAGAUUUCUUCUCGCGCCUCAACAGUCCGCGCGGGCGAGUUUCCAUCACUGGGAAUUCUUUUGGGCCUUCUUCAAUAUCGUUUUCGGAGCAUUUUCGUUCUGUAAGCGGAUUGUAUUGAGCGUCUUGAGUAUGGGAAUUUACUCCACCAGGAUUGACCUGUGUAUUAUGGGAGGGAGGUUCCGGCCAUGGGAUGGAGGUUAUUCGGCGUUUGUGGGGCUGGUGUUGGCGGACCAUGUGUUGAAUAAUCCGAUCGUGUUGGAGUUUGUACAGAUAUUGAGGGAUUUGUUGUUGGUGCGGAGAUAUCCGCAGCUGGCGCAGACUUAUCUCGAGUACAGGACCCGGUCAGACGACUGGGAGCAGGGUGGGGAUGGGAAAGCAGAGCGGGAUCGACGGUUGAUGAUGGCGAUCAUGGGCUCGAAGCAGCAGCAGAAGCAAGGCGGAGGAGGAGCGGGUCCGGGGUUCGGAGCACGUAGGCCCUUGGGCGAUAUUGAGGAAGGCGAAGAAGCAAGGAUGGAUGAGUUGUUGAUGGCGACGUCGGGAUCUGGAGACGGAGGGCCGCUACUGGCUGUGAAGGGAGGAGCGGCUGUGCCGGAAGUAUCGAAGAUUCAUCAUUACUUCCGUAUCGACCCCAGGGUUGAUCGUCAUAGACCUGGUCAGGGCCCCUCACCAUCGUCGUCGCGUCCCCUGUCUUCUUCUUCGGUUGCGUCGUCCUCAUCCUCGCCACCGCCUGCGUAUAACAACAACAACAACAGCAACAAUAAUUACCGCGCCUCGAAGGUCUACACGCCCAUGUUAUCGACAGACGGCAAGUCAGGGAACAACAACGUCCAUAUCCAGCUCGUCGAACCCCUCCGAGCACAAGCUGAUCCCGAAUCCACGGUCUCCCAGGAACAGAUCCGGCAGAAGCUAUCGGAAGCGAAACUUCGAUCGAUUCGGGUACGGAACCGGUGGUUUCUUUAUGUCACACUAGCGAGGAAUCCCUCGAUCAGGAACUUGAGGAGAACGAGUGCGAGUGAUUUCUUGCACCCGAUCGGGCAUGGCCCUGAGUACCUGGGGUCUCACCAGGAGGAGUUCUUGGCGGAUAUUCAUUGGGAUCGGGAAGAUUGAUCUUGCAUGCGCAGAGCGGAAGAAUGAUUUGGCAGAUAGCGAAGGAACGAGGGAAGCAGGAAGUGGAAGAGUUUGUUCCGCAAGACGGCGAAGAUUCGGGCCAGCUCUCUGUGGAUUGGUUUAAAAGACGACAUGCAUUUUUUUGAAGAUAGAU